AUGUCUACUACACCAGAGGUAGAAGUUGCUAGCUCAGGUAUAGAUCAUGUAUCUAUUCACUCCCUCCAACCUGAGAUCAUCAUAAUCGGCGCCGGUGUCAUAGGCUGUGCCCUUGCCUAUUCACUCUCUCAAUCCGGUCGAUCUGUCGUUCUACUCGAAAGGGACUUGUCCGAACCGGAUCGAAUAGUUGGGGAACUCCUUCAACCUGGUGGUGUAGCUGCGUUGGAAGAAUUGGGCAUGGCAGAUGUAUUGGAUGGGAUCGAUGCAGUUCCCGUUGAAGGAUAUUGUAUUGUUUCUGGAGAAGAGAAAGUUGGAUGUCCUUAUCCCCUACUGGAAGAUAUGGCCGGUAUACAUCAGGAUGGACAAGAACAGACUGGAAAAGCAAAUGGAAUAUCAGCUCAUAUCGACAAAAAAGGCAAAUGGCACGUUGAUUCUCAAUCAGGUAAAAAGGAAGGACGUUCAUUCCAUCAUGGUAAAUUGAUAUCCUCCCUUCGACGCAAAGUGCUCAACCAGGCGAGGAAUGUCACUGUGCUGGAAGCUACGGUGAAAGAUCUGGUAUUUUGCGAACAUACCAAUAGAGUUAUAGGCGUUUCUGCAUCAUUCAAACCCGCUUCGACUACAAGCUCAGGAAAAGGAAAUGUUGGUAAUUCGGAUGAUACUAGAGAAUCAAGACCUCAACCUACAGGAAUAGUGAAAAAGAUCUAUGCACCUAUAACGAUCAUCGCCGAUGGAUGUUUCUCUAAAUUCCGUUUAACGCCCGGUACGCGUACGCCCACACCCAAAACUCGAUCACACUUUGUGGGUAUCAUAUUGGAAGAUUGUAAAUUACCGAUUCAAAACAUGGGUACGGUGUGUCUAACGCCCUCUGGCCCAGUGUUGUUAUAUCAGAUUGGAAGAGAGAAGGGGGAGGUAAGGAUGUUGGUGGAUGUUAAAGGCAAAUUACCUAGUGUAGGGGAUGGCAGUUUGAAGCGUCACAUCGAGACCAAUUAUGUUCCUCAUCUACCAGCCGAACUCCAAUCCCCAGUCCUCUCAGCCCUUGCCACUCAGCGUCUCCGAUCCAUGCCCAACACCUUCCUCCCACCCUCUAUUCAGGGUUUGUCCAAUCACCUCAGCGGUGCGAUCCUAGUAGGCGACGCCUAUAACAUGCGACACCCGCUCACAGGAGGAGGAAUGACAGUGGCUUUCAAUGAUGCUAUAAUUCUGACCAGAUACCUCAAACCUUCCGAGCAAUUGCCAUCCGGAAGAGCAGGAUUGGAAGAUUGGGAUAAAGUGUCGGAAUAUCUGAGAGAAUGGUUCUGGGAGAGAAAGAAGUUGUCAGGUGUGGUAAAUGUUCUGAGUAUGGCUCUUUACAGUUUGUUUGGAGGGGCGGAUGAACCCGAACUUGAAGUUCUCAGAGAAGGAUGUGUGAAAUACCUAGGAAUGGGAGGUGAGAGGGUAGCAGGGCCGGUCGGUCUGUUAUCUGCUCUCACCCCAGCUCCUCUCAUGUUGUUCUACCAUUUCUUCUCCGUCGCCUUUUACUCCAUCUUCUUACUGCUCAUCAAAGGUCCACCCAACUCUUCUUUGAGAUCAACCAAGUCGAAUGUGGUGUUAAAUCCUCUGUUGGUUUUGUUGACUUUACCUCUAAACUUGAUCUAUUCGAUAAAAGUGUUCUGGACCGCUUGUGUGGUUCUUUUACCUGUCAUAUAUACUGAAUUCAGAGUAUAG